AUGCCGAGCAACAACUUCGAAAAGUCCGUUAAGGGCGCUACAAAAUCCAAGCUCGCCGCUCCAAAAUCGAAAUACAUCGAACACAUCCUCACGGCCACGUAUAGCGAUGCGGGCGUGGCUGAAUUAUUCCGGGCGCUAUCUCUCCGUUUGCGGGACUCGACGUGGACGGUGGUGUUCAAAUCGCUUAUUGUAAUACAUAUGAUGAUAAGAGAAGGCUCUCCCGAGGCAUCAUUAAGAUAUCUGUCGCAUAACCCUCGAAAUAUCGCCAUCACUAGCAUAUCCGACGUCCAAAUACAGGGAGGUAAUAUCUGGCGAUAUUCGGAAUAUCUCAUCGCGCGCGCUCUGGCCUUCUCUGAUACCAAGACUGAUUUUGUCCGUGGAGGCCAAGGGCGCUUAAAGAAACUGACUGUGGAUAAAGGGCUUUUGAGGGAGACUGAAAUUGUUCAGAAACAGAUAAGAACGUUAUUAAAAUGCGACCUUCUACGAGAAGAGCCUGAAAAUGAGAUCUCACUUACGGCCUUUCGUUUGCUAACUCUGGAUUUGUUGGCAUUAUAUUCAGUGAUGAACGAAGGGACGAUAAAUGUGCUAGAACAUUAUUUUGAGAUGUCGAGACCGGAUAGCGAGCGUGCUCUACAGGUGUAUAAAUCUUUUAGCAGCUUAACGGAAGAUGUGGUACGGUUUCUGCGGGUGGCUAGGCAAUAUGAGAGCGCGACUCGUCUAGAAAUUCCGAAUCUCAAGCACGCUUCCACUGAUCUUACAAAAUUGCUGGAAGACGAUCUUAACGACCCCGAUUUUGCCGCCAGGCGUAAAGAAUACCGCGAACAAAAAUAUGGGAAGAGCGAAGACCAAGGUCAGAAAAAGACCAGUCAGCCGGCUGCUCAAAGAACAACAACGGUGAAGGCUGAAACCCAACCUACUACAAAGUCGGAGACCCGUGCCCCUGCGCCUGAUUUAAUUGAUUUUUUCGACUCCAUUGAGCAAAACCAACAACCGAUGAACUCACAGCCCGUUCCCCAACAGUAUCAAAUACAACAAGCGCAGAUGCAGUCAUACGCGCCGGCAGGUUUUCCUCAGCAACAAAUGGGGUUCGCGCCACAGCAAACCGGUUUCCAACAGGGCAACCUCUCAGGAUUCGGACAGCAGCAGCAGAGCUUUGCCCCGAAUAUGCAACCACAAAACGGUAAUCCGUUUGCGCAGUUUACUGCAGAGCCACCUCCACCCCCACAGUUGCAGCCUAUACAACCCAACCAUACUGGAGCCGGCUUUGGAGGCUAUACGCCGCAACCCCAAGUACAAAUUCAGUCCCCACAAGUCAACAAUUUUCAACCUACGUUAUUAAGUAUUCCUCAAAAUGGAAUUCCUGCAUUCCAACAACCAAUGCAGACCGGCACGCCAAAGCCAAACAACCCAUUUCGACAAUCAAUGCUUAUUUCAAACAGCGCUCCCCCUUCCUCUCCGGCACCAUUUAACCCCGUAUCAUUACCUACUGCUGCGGCUCCAUUAGCUCGCCAACCUACAAACCCUUUCGCAAAACACCGUCUUUCUCAGAUGCCUAUUGGUGGCGAGAUCUCACGGCCGUCCACAUCCCCCGGCUUCCAGCUCCAAGAACAGCCACAGCCACUCCGCCCGCAGCGGACAGGCACCAACCCUUUUGCUCGAAGCGUAUCGCCGCCCAAUCAGAGCUUACAAGCUCCUGCUGCUGCGCCACUCCGGCCAAACCCCACCGGCAGCACGAAUCCUUUUCGGCAAAGUGCCUUUAUCAACCAGCAAACGGGACAACCUUGGCAGGUUGGGGUCCAGCAAGGAACAAUGGGUGGCCUUGAGAAUCUUCCUACGGUUCCUAUAUUUCCGCGGCCGGGACAAACUACAUGA